UGAAGUCAAAAACUAACGUCCGUUUCACUCCACAUCAUAACAAUCCCAACAUCUCAUUUCCUCGGCCGUUAUAAAUUCGUAAGCCAAUCCAUACAAACUCAUAUCUCACGCACUUCAACAAACUCAACCCACUCUCCCUCACCAUAAAUCCCCACCAAAACACCCAUCAAUUCUCAGUCCCGUCUUCUUUUUCUUCUCUUUAAACCCAUCAUCACUGUCGAUCCGAUCAAUGGCUGCAUCUCUGUCCACUGUUGCAGCUGCCAACAGAGCACCGCUGAAGGUAAAUGGUUCAGGUGCUGCACCAUUCUUGGGGUGCAGUUUAAAGAAACUUAACUCGAAGAUCAUAAACCAGAAAAUCUUGAAAUGUAAUUUAAAGAUGACUGCUGAAUAUGAUGAACUGAAGCAGAGUGAUAAAGACAGAUGGGGAGGUCUGGCAUUUGAUAUAUCAGAUGAUCAGCAAGACAUUACUAGAGGAAAGGGUAUGGUGGACUCUCUGUUUCAAGCUUCCAUGGGGUCUGGAACUCAUGAUGCAGUUCUGAGUUCGUAUGACUAUGUUAGUCAUGGUCUUCGCCAGUGUAAUUUUGAUAAUGUUGUGGAUGGUUUGUAUAUUGCACCUGCAUUUAUGGAUAAAAUUGUUGUUCAUAUUACCAAGAACUUCUUGAACCUCCCAAAUAUUAAGGUUCCUCUGAUCUUGGGUAUAUGGGGAGGCAAAGGACAGGGAAAAUCAUUCCAAUGCGAGCUUGUUUUCGCCAAGAUGGGAAUUAACCCAAUUAUGAUGAGUGCCGGAGAAUUAGAAAGUGGAAAUGCCGGAGAGCCAGCGAAAUUGAUCAGGCAAAGAUAUCGUGAGGCUUCAGACAUCAUUCGGAAAGGAAAGAUGUGCUGUCUCUUUAUAAACGAUCUAGACGCAGGCGCUGGUAGGAUGGGUGGAACUACACAGUACACUGUCAACAAUCAGAUGGUGAAUGCUACUCUGAUGAACAUUGCUGAUAAUCCGACUAAUGUCCAGCUUCCUGGAAUGUACAACAAGCAGGAGAAUCCUCGUGUUCCGGUAAUUGUCACUGGUAAUGAUUUCUCCACACUGUAUGCUCCUCUCAUUCGUGAUGGCCGUAUGGAGAAAUUCUAUUGGGCACCCACACGAGAGGACCGCAUUGGUGUCUGCUCGGGGAUCUUCAAGACCGACAAUAUUCCUCACCAGGAUAUUGUAAAGCUUGUCGACACUUUUCCUGGACAGUCCAUUGACUUCUUUGGUGCAGUUAGAGCAAGAGUUUAUGAUGAUGAAGUGAGGGCGUGGAUAUCGAGUAUCGGAGUCCAAAAUAUCGGGAGAAGGCUGGUGAAUUCAAAGGAAGGACCUCCGACAUUCGAACAACCAAAUAUGACACUGAAGAAGCUCCUCGAGUACGGUAGCAUGCUUGUCGAAGAGCAGGAGAAUGUGAAGAGAGUAAAAUUGGCUGACAAGUACUUGAAAGAAGCAGCUCUUGGAGAUGCAAAUGAAGAUGCCAUUAAUAAUGGAAGUUUCUAUGGUUAGAUUCUUGAUUCUGAAAAACAGGAAAACUUUUGUCCAACUGCUAGGAAUGAUGAUGGAAGCUGUGGCUAUGAUCAAUUCUUGUUUUAUCCAAUAAUAGUAUAUUGUAUAGAUAUUUGUCCAAGGAUGAUUGUAUCUUGAAAUUCUGUCAAAGUUUGCCUUUACUCUGUUUCUAUUUAAAUUGUAUUUUUCUAAUUGUAAAAAACGAAUGAAGCAAAUUGCAACUUAAUUUUUAAUAUUCUUUCUUUUCUCUUC